GAAGAAGAUAUUUUGGAAAGUAGCGUUUCCUAUCAUCAUACGCUUGUUGCCAGAUCCGUCUCCCUUGCCCUAGAGUUUGGUGAUUCCGCCUCCUUUGGCGCCGCGGCGACUAUAUUUCCUCCCUUGGCGCCAGUUGAUUCAAACACAUAUUCGUACUCUAUUUGAGAUAGAGCGGGGUCUCCUACCCGAGCAACCACUUUUUGAAGCAGCAGCAGAAGGGGAACAGGGAGAGAGACAGAGAGAGGUUUCGUCGUACCAUGGGGCUGAUGGCGCUGAAUCGGCUCAUGUCCACGCAGCGGAAGCGGAAGCAGAGGCGGAAUCGUUGCCGUAUCCAAGCCCUCGGCAAUCCCCGCGACAUAGAUGGACGGGGUGCUGCCUCAUCGUUAUCUAAAAGAGACAGCCCACCCUACCGACAUGAUGUUAAUUCCCAUUGUGGCAAAGAAGCAAGAUAUCUGGAUCCAGUCCUUUCAGAGGACGUUUGGUGUCGUAUAUAUUCAUUACUACAGAUGCAAGACGCUGCCCGUGCUGCCUGUGUUUCUCGCUCCUUCCUAGGCUACUGGAGAUGCUACCCCAAUCUCACCUUCACCAAUGGAACAAUGUGCCCUAAAGAAAAUCUAAAGACAGCGGGAUCAAAUGUUAUAAGAGACUACAACAACCAAAUCGACCGUGUUCUGAUGAACCGUUCGAGCGCUGAUGCCGUGACGAAACUCAAGCUUGACUACCAUGUUCCUCCUGAUGGCGCUGAAUCGUAUCAUCGUCUUGAUAGCUGGCUCCAGAUGGCUGUUACGCCGAGGACCAAAGAACUCGAGCUUCUAGUAUGGUCGAAAGAGGCGAGCUUUGAUUUCCCCUGCAUACUACUAUCUGACAUGUGUGGGGGCUCGAUUCAGAAGCUUUUGCUUUUCAAAUGCGCCUUGCGUCCCACAUCUCAACUUGGUUUGAGAAGCCUCAGAACGCUGCAUCUGCGUGAUGUGCGUGUCACAGGGGAGGAAUUAGGGUGCCUUCUGUCCAGUUCCAUUGCUUUGGAGCACCUGAAGCUUGUAUACUGCGAUGAUAUAGUUCGCCUGGAGAUACCUUGCCUGCUGCAGAGGCUUAGCUUCCUGGAGGUGGCUGGAUGCAUGAAUCUUCAAGUGAUAGAGAACAAAGCCCCAAAUCUCUCCAAAUUUUACCUUGGAGCAGGUGAACGGAUGCAAGUCUCAUUUGGAGAGUCAGAAGUGAAGAAAGUGGAGUUGGUGCAGAGCCGUGCCAUCAGUUAUGCUACUGACAACCUUCCUUCACGUGUGCCGAAUCUCGAGACUCUUACCAUAUGUUCUACUUGUGAGAUAGUCAAUUCUCCAAUGGCAUCCGGCAAAUUCCUCCACCUCAAGUUCUUGAGUAUUCUUCUUAUGAGUGGAUCUAAUUUUGACAAGGACUAUGAUUAUUUAUCGUUGGUUCCUGUUUUCCAAGCAUCUCCUUCCCUGGAGAUGUUUUGCUUGUUUGUAUGGGAGCACUCCAUGUAUCACUGGUUUGAGGGAGAUCCUGCCUCUCUUAGGCGACUGCCACAACACUGCCAUGGGAACCUCAAGAGUGUGAAGAUCAUUGGUUUCUUCCCCCAAAAGAGCAUGAUUGAGCUGGCAUGCCAUCUUCUCGAGAAUGCAACGUCACUUGAGUCCCUUACAGUGGAUGCUAGUCCUGCUAAUUACCGGUGUUCUGGCAAGGGCAGGAAAUGCUGUCCCCUGAAAGCUACAGCUAUAGUGAAGUCACGUUUCUGCCUGACUGGACAUACAAGAGAAGUAAAACAAGACAUAUGAAGUGAUGCAAAUAAGUGUUAAACAUAUGCAUCAAGGUAGAGCACCGUCCUUUCUAAAAAAGGGUAAAGCAUCUUUGUUUGUGUAUAUAUCAGUUUAAAUGUGCAAAGGCCAAAGGGUUCCCCAGGCGCCACCCUUUUGGCGUGCCUCGGCAAAAGGAACACUUCUCCCCACCUUUCAUUAUUAAUCUUCUCAUGGAGAAUUAUGUGCUGGACUGAAAAAUGGGAGUUCUGAACCUGCUAUACUGCACUCGACACCUGCUUCGGUUUGCUGUACUGAACUGUAUUCUUGCAUUGUGUUUCUGAAAGUUCUGAUGCCAAGACACUGGUUGAUUUGCUGUACCGAACUAUAUUCUGCCCUGCGAUUUCUUAAAAGUUUUAAUAAUGCCAAGACCAAUGCAAUGUAUGAUGUAGCAGUUCAUACUAGGCUUAUAAGAUGCUGACAUUUGGAGCUAAUUUGAAUUCCAUGUGUACAUGGCCUGCUAUCUCGUAUGUUGCACUUCUGAAACUGUUUAGACUGUUUUUGAUUUCUCAUGGUGGCAAACAAGCCAGAUAUCCGGGCACGUUCCAGAGGUAUGUUCUCAGCAGAAUAGCUAAAUAGAAAAUUGUUACAGCAUUCCUGUUUUAUGUCAUUCUUGUUCCUAACCUUGGCUGAAUCUUGCUGAUUAUAACAUCCUAUCCCAGCUUUUACCUCUCUAUUUUUCAUGAUGUUCUUCUCUACUUGUGCACGCGUGCAGGAAAUUUGGUGUCGUAUACAUUUCCUACUGCCAAUUCAAGACGCGGCCCGUGCUGCCUGUGUUUCUCGCUCCUUCCUACACUCCUGGAGAUGCCAUCCCAAUCUCACCUUCACCAACGAAACGAUGUGCCCCAAAGAAGAUUUAAAAGCAGCGGGAUCGAACGCUAUUAUAAGAGACUACAACAAAAUCGACCGUGUUCUGAGGAACCGCUCGUGCGCUGAUGGCCGUGACGAAACUCAAGCUUGACUACCACGUUCCUCCUGAUGAUGCUGAAUGGUAUCAUCGUCUUGAUAGCUGGCUCCAGAUGGCUGUUAUGCCGACGACCAAAGAACUCGAGCUUCUAGUAUGGUCGAAAGAGGCGAGCUUUGAUUUCCCAUACACACUACUAUCUGACAGGUGUGGGGGCUCGAUUCAGAAGCUUCUCCUUUUCAGAUGUGCCUUACGUCCCACAUUUCAACUUGGUUUGAGAAGCCUGAAAACGCUGCAUCUGCGUGAUGUGCGUGUUACGGGGGAGGAGUUAGGGUGCCUUCUGUCCAGUUCCACUGCUUUGGAGCACCUGAAGCUCGUCUAUUGCGAUGAUAUAGUUCGCCUGGAGCUACCUUGCCUGCUGCGGCGACUCAGCUUCCUGGAGGUGGCUGGAUGCAUGAGUCUUCAAGUGACAGAACAAAGCUCCAAAUCUCUCCAGAUUUUACCUUGGAGCGGGUGAACGGGUGCAAGUCUCAUUUGGAGAGUCGAAAGUGAAGAAAGUGCAGUUGGUGCAGAGUUGUGCCAUCAGUUAUGCUACUGACAACCUUCCUUCCCGUGCACCGAAUCUUGAGACUCUUACCAUAUCUUCUACUUGUGAGAGAAUCAAUGCACCAAUGGUGGCAUCUAGCAAAUUCCUCCACCUCAAGUUCUUGAGUAUUCUUCUUAUGAGUGGAUCUAACUUUGACAAGGACUACGAUUAUUUAUCGUUGGUUCCUUUUUUCCCAAGCAUCUCCUGCCCUGGAGACGUUUCGCUUGUUUGUAGCGGAGCACUCCAUGUAUCACUGGUUUAAGGGAGAUCCUGCCUCUCUGAGGCGACUGCCACAACACUGCCAUGGGAACCUCAAGAGUGUUAUGAUCAUUGGUUUCUUCCCGCAAAAGAGCAUGAUUGAGCUGGCAUGUCAUCUUCUCGAGAAUGCAACGUCACUUGAGUCCCUUACAGUGGAUGCUAGUCCUGCUGAUUACUGUUGUUCUGGCAGUAAACCGGGCAGGAAAUGCUGUCCCCGGAAAGCUACAGCUAUAGUGAAGGCACGUAAAUCGGUCUUGGCUGUGAAAAAAUACAUUGAGGGGAAUGUUCCCUCUACAGUCUAGUUAAAUGUUCCAGAGCCUUGCUGACCAUGCCAUCGCUUUGAGUAAUUCAGGUGUCAAAUUAUUGUAGCUAUCUGAUACUAUUUAAUGGUGAUAUGUUUUAGUUGUCUUGUGCUAUGUUACAUUCAAGUCGCCAGAGCUGUUUAGGAGUCUAUGAUAUUACAUUCUUGAUAAUUUUGUUUACCAGACUGUCCAAUGUACUUAAUAUUACUGCUGUCCAUUAAAUAUUGUCGUGAACUUGUAUUGUA